AAACAGAUACAAUUGGGCAGUGGAGGGUGAUUCAAUACGUACUACUGGGUUAUUGCAGAGAAGGCGAUGCUCCCGUUUGAACAACUCUUUUGUUGGCUUUUCUUGUGAUCUUGCACUUGGUGCCGGACAAAAGUGGAGUCUUGAAUAGUAUUAAGUUAAGGUUUUUGGUGAAAGAUAACGAACGAGCGAUUAGAGGGCGUCCCUUUGUUUUGGAUGAUCCGAUUCAUAAUCGUUUUGUAAUCGUUGGUAAUUGAGGUUCAUUCUGGGAAACGAGCAGCAGAGGAUUCUCCACUUUUUUCCACCUCCUCGGGCUCCAAUUUGCAGUUGGCUGACUUCGCAAAACCAUCAAGAUAUUUGGAAAAUCUCAGCACAUCUGGUGACUGGUGGAAGAGAGAGUCGUUUUAGAGGCAGACGACGAUCUCACCACAAGACUACAUCCAACGUCUAAAUGUGCUUCUCUCACAAAGGUUUCUAAAUUUCACUAAACCGGCCCAUGCGAUCACGCAACUACUACCUCUUCAGUUAUCAUCAGUGCCGCUGAAAUGAAUCAUUAAUCACAUCUGAACACUGUUCACUCCCAUGGUGCUAACAUGUGUUGGUUCCUAUAAUUGUGAUUCCCUGGCCAAUCAUUUCCCAAACCGGGAAAUUGGGCGAGAGUUCUCAGUCGGGAAAUAUCUGGUCUAAGAAUCGCCAUGAGGACUUCAACGAUGGAAACGAUGGUACCUUUGGUGAUGCUUUUGGUGUCCCUCCAUUUCGUCAAAUUCUCCGAUGGUCGCAACAACCACGUGCAAAGGGACGGAAAACUGCUGUCCUUGUUCCAAAUAGUCACUUUUCCCAAUGAGCCUUGCAUCGGGAAUGCGGGCAAAAACGGGACUUGCUACACGACGGAGGAGUGCACUGCCAAAGGAGGGAGCGCCGCUGGAACUUGCGCUCAGGGCUACGGAGUCUGCUGCUCAUUCACUGUCAAUUGCGGAGGGACCCGCUCGGAGAAUUGCACCUAUUUUGAAUCCUCCGGCAACGAGGCUGGCUCCUGUUUGGCCACGAUUUGUCCUUGCAGCGAUAACAUUUGCCAAUUGAGGCUGGACUUUGACCAAUUUAUCAUAUCCGGGCCUUCAACUUUGACUGAAUCCCUCAUCGCGACCAAAUUUGGCCAAUCAGUUUUGGCCGGCCAAGCCAGUUCUCUGGCUGGCGCUUGUUUAACCGAUUCGUUUUCUGUGUCCAGUCCAUCAGGAUGUGCACCACCCUCGAUUUGUGGCACGAAUAGUGGAGAGCACAUGUAUGUGGACGCCUCGGAAGCUUGCAAUGACCUAAGAUUUGUCCUCGGAAACCAAGGCGUUGGAACUGGUAUUGCCAAUCGGCAAUGGAGUGUCAAGGUGACCCAAUAUGCCUGUGAUUUCAAGAAUUUGGCUCCAGAGGGAUGCACGCAAUAUCACUUUGGUGCUUCAACGGACAUCAUCCAAACUUACAACUUUGCUGGCGGACGACACUUGGCAGAUCAAAACCAGAAUAUUUGCAUCCGACGAGAGCGCGGCAAUUGCAAGAUUUGUUUCACCGCUAUUGAAGCCAUUGACGUGGCAGUUAGUGGCGUAUUGGCCGACAUGGGUUUCAAUAAUGACGAUAAGAAAUGUUGUGGAUACAGCCCAGCCGGUUUGGCAGAUCAAGGUUUUGACUGCAUUAUCAUUCCGGGUUUGAUGAAAAGUGCCGCUCCGAAUGAACGCUUGGGAGACUCGAUGUGCGGACAUAACGCAGGACUCGUUGAUGUUCCUGUUGGGGCCGAUUCCGUCACUGUUUGUUCCACACGCCAACCCUUCAAUGUACGUUUCCGUAGCGACACCUUUGAAACUAUGGGCGAACUUGGCAUCUUGGGAUUCCGUCUAGUUUACACCCAGAACUCAAAUGGAUGCUAACUAAACCAGAACAAGGCCUUUGUUCUUUCCUUUCACUUACUAGAGGACAUGAUACUAAUUAUGAUUACGAUAUGUUUUAUGAUAAUUACCUUAUUUAAUCACAUGCUGCAAACCAUUACUGUGUUAUAUUUGUAUUAUGCUAACCAAAUGAACGAAUCAAUUGAGUAAA